GUCAAAUUUCAUAUUUUGUUUAAAGAUUGAUGUUUUUUUUUUUUUGCCGUAAGGCGCCAAUAACCAAAAAUGGAAGUAUGCGGCAAUAUACUUGUUAGUAGUGAUUACAAUAGAUUUAGCUUAAGUUGCAUAUACUGCUCAAUUGAAAAUGAGAUGCACGACUGGCAACAAUUUAUUGUACAUAUGCGCUCUGAACACUCUUUAGACGAUACGGAAGCAGGAAGCGUAAAGAUUGAAACUGAGAGCAUACACUCAGAGAAUCCUUACGAGCAAAAUGAAUACGCGGCCAGCCUCUCAGAUGGGGCACUGAGUGCUACUCAGGAAGUUUGGGAAGAAGACUAUUUAGAUUUUGAUAAUGAUGAACUUUUUGAAGACGCAGAUGAUGCCCACUCGGUCACAAUAGUCAGUGAAGCUUCACACACAUCAAAUGUAGAUGCUGUAAAUGAGCUAUUUUUUGCCGAAUCCAAUGAAUACGAAAUAGUCGAGGAAAAAGAGUUUAAGCAAAAUUGGCCCGGAUUGCUGAUGGAUAAUAAUGAGCAACAAAAUUUCGAUGAGAGCAGCGCCUCUGACUGUUCUUUUGACAAUUCAACUACUAGAAAGCAACGUCAUGUAAUGCCUUUAAAGCGAACAUUGAAGGUGUCGUUUUUUCGUACUGACCCGCGCGUACUCAUUUUUAUAGAAGAAUUUAAAAGGCAUUCAUGCCUUUGGAACCCGCUAGAUACAAAAUUCGGCGAUGAAAAGGCGCAGUUGUUUGCGCACAGUGCGAUUAUCGAAACUAUGGAUAAAAAGGCAAACAUAUUGUUCAAUGAAUCGGAGUUAGUUAAAUCUAUAAAUCAACUGGUUGAACAAUAUUCAAUUGCCAAAGAAAGAUAUGAUGAAAACAAGUUGUUUGGCAGAUCAGCAAAGAUGUUUGAAAUGUGCAAAUUUCUGGCCAACUCUUAUUCUCCAGAGCAUGACGAUGAGGAGGAGAAAUCCGAUGUGAUUCAGCUAAACUUUAAGGAGCCCAACGAUAUGACAUCAGCGUUCAUUAACGUAUAUGCCAAUUUUCCCGUGCUUUAUGAUAUCUCCCAUAAAGAUUUCAAGUCAGUGGAUUCUCGCACGCAAGCGUAUAUAAAGAUGUCGGAGGAAUUGGCACCGGAGGUGCUUGUCAACGAGACUGAGGUUCAUCUGGCCGUAUUGAGAUUGCGUAAAUGGGCAUAUAUGGCACUGCGACGCGUCAAGUCUAAGGAAUUGCGGCGUGCGUGCACUAAGACGGAAUUACACUACUUACAAAUGUGCAACUUUUUGCCGCCCAAAUCAGAGUCUCUAACUUUCAGUUGCACAUUAUGCCGUAAGCGUUUCUUUAUUGACUAUAGCCUGCGUGCGCAUAUGGUUAAAGAUCAUCAGUUGGGGGAGCUACCAUACUUGUGCUCUCAGUGCCCGCGUCGUUUUUUUAAGCCACACGAUCUGGAACGCCACAAAUUGCGACAACACUGCGAGAAGAUGUUUCAAUGUGAAUAUUGCGACAGUAAAUUUUCUGUCCCGAGCGACCUCAAAAUGCACACACGCGUCCAUACGGGAGAGAAGCCGUAUGUUUGCGAAAUUUGUGGAAAAGCCUUUAGAUUAAAACUAUUAUUAGAUUAUCAUAUAAACGGGAGGCACUUCGAUUUACGGCCCUUUAAAUGCGAUAUCUGCAAUAAGUCAUAUCGGAAGCGAGUUCAGCUAAAAAAUCAUGUUAAAGUUCAUCUAAAUAUAAGAGAUAAAAGGUGCGAGGAUUGCGGUGCUGCUUUCACAUGUCCUACGAGUCUCUCGCGGCACCGCAAAACUAUGCAUCGUAAAAUAAAUACACAUUCAACAUAAUACAAAUUAAUUUUAUUUGCUAAAUAU